GCAAAGAUUGCGCUAUGUAAUUUUGUAGUUACACCUGUAUAUAACAGAGAACCUGUAUAUAAUAGAAAACAAGUUGUUGCUUUGGUUAGUGAUCAAUCUACGUCUACAAAGAUAAAUAACGAUGAGCGGAACAACGACACCUUGUACGGAAUCUGUAGACAUGGAUGAUGUAGUAUUGGAGAUUCCGACAGAUACCGAGCAACAUUCCGAUGACUGCCGCAUUAAUAUGCAAGAAGUUGUUAUAAAUGUUUCUGAACUAACAAAUGGUAAACAAGUGUCAGAAAAUUAUGCUGAUGUAAAUCAACGAUUGCGGGAUGCAUUUAACAGAGGAAAAUCAAAACCGAUAGAAUGGAGAAUCAAACAAUUAAAGCAGAUUUUACGUAUGAUAACGGAAACUAGCUCAGAUAUUAUAGCAGCAUUAGCAUCAGACUUGCAUAGGAGUAAAUUUGAAACGUACGCUUUAGAAAUCGAUUAUAUAACUCAAGAAAUCAAAUACAUGCUCAUGCAUAUUAAAGAAUGGUCAGCAACAGAAAAGCCAUCCAAAGGAUUAUCGAACCUUUUCGAUUCGGUGGAAAUUCGGAAGGAUCCCUAUGGAGUUGUAUUAGUUAUAGGUGCAUGGAAUUAUCCUCUUCAGCUAAGUCUAUUACCUAUGAUAGGUGCCAUGGCAGCUGGAAAUUGUGUGAUUUUGAAGCCCUCCGAGGUAGCUAUGGCUACAGCGAAAUAUUUGUACGAAACUAUUCCGAAAUAUUUAGAUAUGGAAUGUUGCCAUGUAAUAUUAGGAGGAGUCCAGGAAACAACAGAGCUACUCAAUCAACGUUUCGAUUAUAUUUUUUAUACCGGAUCUUCCAUGAUUGGAAAAAUCGUACGGAAUGCUGCCAAUAAGUACCUGACACCUGUUACAUUGGAAUUAGGUGGCAAAAGUCCCGUAUACAUAGAUAACACAGUGGAUAUGGCGAUGGCAGCAAAACGUAUUUUGUGGGGCAAAUGUAUAAAUGUUGGUCAAACUUGUAUUGCGCCUGAUUACAUUUUGUGUACAACCGAGGUACAAAAUAAACUUGUUGAAGAAAUUAAAAAGAUUCUAAAGGAAUGGUACGGCGAAAAUGCACAAGAAAGUCCUGAUUUAGCACGCAUAAUCACAGAUAGACAUUAUCAGCGACUUGUCAGUUAUUUAAGUGGUAAUGGCAAGAUUGCCGUUGGUGGCGAUACAAAUCCUACAGAGAGAUAUAUCUCGCCUACAGUACUCGUUGAUGUCAAAGCAACGGAUCCUAUUAUGCAAAAUGAGAUAUUUGGACCGAUAUUGCCUAUAAUAAAUAUUGAUAAUGCAUAUGAAGCAAUUGAAUUCAUUAAUAAGCGUGAAAGACCACUCGUACUAUACGUAUUUUCCAUGAGCAAGAGGGUGCAAGAUUUAAUUAUAGACCAAAUCUCCAGCGGAGCUGUAUGUGUCAAUGACACGAUAUUGCAAUAUACCGUUGAGACUCUACCCUUUGGAGGAGUAGGAAAUUCUGGUAUAGGAGCCUACCAUGGAAAAUAUACAUAUGAUACAUUUACCCACAAAAAAGGUUGUUUGAUCCGGAAUUAUAAUAAAUUUGCAGAGAUAUUAGGAAAGAAUCGUUUUUCGCCAUAUUCCGAUAAAAAAUUGAUGUUGCUUAGACAUUUGCUUGAAAGAAGACCGGGAAUACCUGGCGCAAAAUAUUUGCCAUACGUAUUGAUGUUUGGCCUUGGAGUACUUGUUACAAUUGGACUCAAGGCUGCAUUUAAGGAUCAGGAGGAUUAAUUUUAACAUGACAAUACCAUGCAUUAUUUAAGAAACACAAAAUGUACUUGAUUUCUUAAUAUGCAUUUCUUGAGUUUUAUACACUUACACUAUACAUUUUACAAUUAAGCUUAUAAUUUAAUGGGCAAUAUAUACAAAUUUUUUAUACAAUUGCUUAUGGGUUUUACAUAUAUAUGUGUAAACAUAUUGUUUAUGUAUUAUAUUUGUUUUACACAUUACAUACAUGUACAAAUAUAUCUGAUCCUUUUGUGGAUCAUGGGGAAGAUUGUAUUGAUAGAAAUAAGUACUCUUAAUAAGAAAUAAGUUUCACAAUGAGUUUUAAAAUAAAUAUGAUUAAAUCUUUAA